ACACACACACACACACACACACACACACACACAUAUAUAUAUAUAUAUAUAUCUUAUACACUGCUCGUUUGUUCACCAAUACAAGUAUAUAUCACACACAAAACUAAUCGACAAAAGAAGUGAAAGUUUAACUGCUGUAAAGGUACAAAAUGUUCGAAGAUUAACAAAAAUUCUGCUACUGCAAUUGGUGCUAUACACUUUUUAGUUCUUUUACAGUUAAUGAUUCAUCUGUUUUUUGGUGAUAAUCUUUGUAAUUAUCACAAAGAUUAUAAUUAUAGUUUUGUUUAUACAUACAAGGUAAUUUGCUUUUUCGAAUUUAACACGAUUUACAAUAUAAGUAUGAAUGGUAUCUGAUUUGAUUUAAUUCAUAAUUAAGUUGUAGUGGAGAUAAAUAUGAAAGAAAAGAAACAAGCGUUAUGCUCAGAAACGAUUGAAAAUAAUAACUAAAUAAAUAUUGUUUUCUACUUUAGAAAAAUAUAUAUCCCGAAGUACCCAGAUGGCUGGAAAUGAAAGGAGGAUGAUAAUAUUAGUAGUAUUUUAGACAUUGUUUUAUGGAUAAUAAUAAUAAUAAUCCCUUUUAGCAUAGGUUGAAGGCCAAAUAAUUUCGGGCAAGGUGUUAGUGGAUCAAAUCUACCUCUUUAAUGGACUGAAUUCGGAUACCAAACUCAUGAUAAUAAUAAUAAAAACGUGAUAAAAGUAACAGAAAGGAGAAUAUGAGGAUGGAUACUAAAUACCAGCUGGUAGAAUAUAUGGAACAAAAUUGCAAACUUGAGAAAAAGAAAGGCGUCGAAGAAAGUAUACAGAAGUACUUUGAAAGAAAGUGAGUAGUGAAUGCGUUUAUUAUAAAACUGCUACAGGUAUGUCUCUAAGUUUAUUUUGAAAAUUUAUAGUGUUUUGUCAAGCUGACUACCUGUGUGAAGGUAUGCAUUGCAAUUUCGCGAACAGUAUUGUAUAUUUUGGAGGUCUGAACGAAUAAGUUUUUCACAGAAGGAGAAAAAUACUGAAUGAAGGAAACAGUGUUAUUAAGAUGAAUAUUAUAUAAAAUAAUUCCAGGAAGUGAGAGGAGAUGUACGUUUGAUUGAGAUAAAAAGAACCAGUCACAUGGAAAUUUAAAAAAAUAAAUAUAUAUAUAUAUAGCGUCAUAUCUGAAGUAACAUGUCAGAUCGAAUCACCGGAAGUAAUUUUAUUGUAUCAUAAAUACUUUGUUAGAUUUUUUUAAUAUAAUUUUUUUUGUAAAUAUGAUUAUUUUUCUCUCUCCAUUAGAAACUCAGAAAUUUAACGUGACAAGUGACAGGAGAUAACUAAUCUAACAAACACUUAUCAAUAUGCUUAGACACACCUACGGCAUUUCCGAGAGCUAUCUCCAAGUAAUAUAUAUUUAUUAUUAGUAGUUAGUUAUCACGUCAUAAACUGGAACAGGUCACUUUCUUUUUCUGCACAUGCCUCUAUAUGCUGAAACAUGACAGAGGCUUACUUUUUUCUUUCUUUUUAAGUUAUAGCUUUACUUGUUGAUUACAUUGCUUACGUGUGGAUAAGAUAAUGACACUUUAAGAAGAAUAUAUGGAUUUACUAAACUUUUUACUUGAAACAGCAGUGCGUACAAAAUGGGCAUUUAACGCUUCACCGAACUGGACCCAACAAUCAACGAUUAAUGGAUGGAGCGUACUGGGGUUGUUCAUCUAUCUUCUUCCACCCCAUUAAUGAACACGUGUCACAGAUACCUUCAGAAAAAUUUCCAGCAACAAGAUCCCACAAACUCAGCGAAAAUAAGUGUUUUAAAGCGGAUUCUUCGAUUUACAAAAAGGUUGUGGUUGAUCCUUUCUUUCCUAUGUACCCUGAUGUGUAUAACCCUUUAUAUGUUUCUUUCAGCUAACUGUUGCCGGUUAUUAGAUCUUACUAGUGGAUUUCAUCCGGCUGUGCCUUUAGAAUCAUCAAAAUACGAAUUUGACAAUAGUUUGAAAGAAAAGUCUUUACCGUACCGAUUCCAAUGGAAUUUACCCGGUCGGAUACAUAAAAUUAACAGUCCUGUUCAAAGUAAAAAGACUUCUCGCCAUCAGAGUAACUCAUACAAAAGAAAAAAAUCCAAAUCCGGAAAGGCAAUUGUGAUGAAAAAAGCAAAAAUUCUCUACAGAUUCGCUAAGCCACCUGAAUCACAUAAAAACAUGCAUCCUGGUUCAUUAGUCUCUUCACAUACAAAACGAUCCAAAAGUUACAAAAGUAUGAAUGCGAAAGUUGGCAAUAAGAAACCAUACAAAAAGCGAUUAAACAGAGAACUGUUCCAAGCUUCAUUAGCAAUAAAUCAGAAAAACAUUUAUGCUGUAGUUGGAAAUGACAGCAGUGGAGGCACUCACCACGCUGAAAACAGGGUGAAGACUUUCAACCAAUUACCGUCAGCAUGGCAAAACUCUUGGCUUCGCCAUGUAAAUGAGAAAAAAGACUUCACCCUUCGUAAUUACAGCACGCGAAAACAUAUCAUGUCUCUCUCAGAUUAUGAGAACGGAAAUGAACAAACACGAGCGGAUAGUCCAUUAAAAACUAACAUGAACUCGAUAAAGUCGUCUGGAGUUAGAAACAGCCUGGUGCUAAGUAAAGAGUAUUCAAACCAUGAAUAUAUAAACAACAUCAAUUCUAAAAACAUUAAAAACAAUACCAAAGACAACAGCAGCACAAUCUAUUUCGAAGAUAAUACGGUAGAUGAAAAUAGAGACGACAAUGAGAACACAGACAACAACAACAACAAUAAUAAUAAUAAUAAUAACAAAAACAAAAGCAAGCCACAUGUUCAGUUACAAAGAAUUCGUCAUAACGCUACUAAAAAACUUCCGCAAGCUAUAAUUGUUGGUGUGAAAAAAUGUGGUACCAGAGCUCUUUUGGAAUAUCUGCGUUUGCAUCCCGAUAUGAAGGGCACGGGACCGGAACCUCACUUCUUCGAUAAACAUUAUGAUCGAGGCCUAGAAUGGUACAGGAAGAAAAUGCCCGCGACUAUCGAAGGACAAAUGACAAUCGAGAAAACUCCAAGUUAUUUUAUUACCAAAGAUGUUCCAAGAAGGAUAUAUAACAUGUCUAAAGAUAUGAAAAUCCUGAUAAUUGUACGUGAUCCAGUAACUCGUGCUAUUUCUGACUAUACCCAGUUGGCCUCUAAAGGAAUUACCAAAAUGCAUCGCUUUGAAGAUUUAGCGUUUCUCAAUCUAUCGACACGUAUUGUUGAUACGAGUAGAAAUAUUAUACGCAUUGGUGUUUAUGCGAAAUACCUAGAACGAUGGCUCAAUUAUUUUCCAUUGUCACAAAUACAUUUCGUCAGUGGAGAGCAAUUGAUAUCAGACCCGGCUCGAGAACUUGGGCGGGUGCAAGAUUUUCUUGGCUUGAAAAGGAUAAUUUCGGAGAAGCAUUUCUAUUUUAAUGAAACGAAAGGAUUCCCAUGUUUGAAGAAAUCGGAAGGAAGCGGACACCCUCAUUGCUUAGGGAAAACGAAAGGGAGACCGCAUCCAACUGUUGAUAUAACAAUACUUAAACGCCUCAGAGAUUUUUACCGACCAUUUAACGAGAAGUUUUAUCGUAUGGUCAAUAGAGAUUUUCGUUGGCCCUAACCUUAAACAGUCAUAUUCUCCUUCAUUCUCAUUACCAACAUCUUCAUCAUAAAUGUAAUCAAAAAAAGUUUCUCCGUUAUCGCUGUUGUUUUGAAAGCACAGCUUUUGUAGUUGGAAUAUUAUUUUUUCUAUGAAAAAUGUAAUUGAAAUCUGUGAAACAGGAGAAUUAUU